AUGGAUCCAUGGAUUAAAGUGUGCAUUAGGACUGGUCAUAAUACUGCCAGGUAUUCUGUCAUCCAGGAUGGAAUGGUGAUUGACGUGUCCGGCAUGAAUGGAAUCUUCAUUGAUACGGCAGUUUCACGUAGAGUCUGUGAUGAUGUCGGCAUAGCUGGAUUUUCAAGUUAUGGUUACACCGCAAUUAAACACGGAAUGGCAUGUGAUAACAUCAUCAAAAUGACGAUGGUCAAGGCGAAUGGCAAAAUAAAGGCUUCAGAGGGAAAAGACCCGCAAAAUAUACUCUGGGCAACCAAAGAUCAAGUUGAAGGCACGAUUCCAUUGACUGCUAGGGAAACCAAACGAUGUGCAUAUAUUGAAAAACAACUAACCCAAAACGAAUAUCAAGAGAUUGCGCCAGAAGAAAGUGCAUUUGUUUAUCGGCGAGCAUACUUUGAUAUCUUUGUCGACUCGUUUUGGAUUGAUGACUCGAAUGAGCAAAAAGCGGCUGCUUAA